UUCACUGUUAAACAAACAUUACGGUCAAACGCUUCUCAGGAUUUUAACGGUGAAAAGCGAUCGGUCGGAAACUUGAUAUACUUCUUGUUAGUUUCUGCUACUCCGUCUCAGUCAGCGGCUUUAAAUGCUCUGUGUGAGACACAUUGCUUUCGAGUUCUGCUACUCAUACUUGCAAAUCCCUCUUAAUAGAAUUUUGUUUGCGGAAAAGUUGCUUUAAAAGCUUCUUAAAAUGUUUCAGUUUAAGCAGAAAAAUGUUCAGCUGAUAAUAUGUUAUCUGAGUUACACGAAUAGGAUUUUUUAAUUUUCUUCUUAAAAAAUCUUUCAGGACGAACAUCUUGCAUUUAAAAUUUUUAGUUUUUUUCAAUAUUUAAGUUAGUGCAAUAUUUUUCGUGGAAAACAUGUAAAAAUAUGUGGUUAAUAAAUUAAUUUUUAGCUUCAAAUCAGCAAUAAAUCAUUUUCCUCGCAGAGAUAAUUAAGGAGUGAGACUUAUUCAUAUUUUGCGGCUGUUUUUGAAUUCUUUGCUUGUUUGAUGACCUCAUUUGAUCUAAACAAAUAAAAAGCCUUUUAAGUCCGCUACUUUAUUUCCGCUUAAGAUUAUGUAAUACAAUUAAAACAAGUAUAAAUAAUUAGCUUGGUCUGAAGGAGGAAAUACUCUCUUACAAUUUCUGAAACUGAUAACUGAAAAUCAAAUUCAAAGUUUAUUAAGCAAUUAGAAAGAAGAAUAUAAAGGGUAUAAAAUCAGCACUUAAAACAAUUUGACCUUUUUUUUAAUAUGAAAGGAAAAGUAAGCUAUAUUUAUGUAAUGGUGAUUGUUUUUCCAAAAGGAAAUGCAAUAAUCUGUUGAUUUAUAGCAAGAAGAUAAUAUAAGGACGAACUUCUAGAAAUACAGAAAUUUAAUAAUUUCAUGCGCCGGAGAAAUUUGGAACUUACAUGAGAAUUCCAGCAUCCUUGUUAUUCUUCAGUAUCUGUACCAUACUCUUUCAAAAUAUGAAAUCGCAAUGUUCUAUCAGCAGAGAUUACAAUUCACGUCGGCUUGUUAUAGAUGAUAUAGUCCCCCAAGAAUACGACGGAUUAAAAACUCCAAGAGCUGCAGAUGGCCCUGCUAAAGUGGAGCUCACGAUUGUUAUUAUGAAUGUUCGAAAUGUAGACGUCUCAGAAAUGUCCAUACGAUUCGAUUUGAUGAUGACUAAAAGAUGGAUGGAUAACCGACUCAUCUUCCCCGCUUCCAAUAUUGAAGAAAAGGUUGUCUUAGAUUUGGACUGGAGGAAGAGAAUUUGGAUGCCCGAUGUAUUUUUCGAGAACUCCAUCGAAGGCCAUGUUCAAGACACAAUUAUUCCAAACAUGUACAUCUGGCUGUUCAAGAACAAGACCAUUCAGUUUACAGCUAGAAUAUCAAUAGAAUUUAGCUGUCAUAUGGAUCUGAGGCUUUUCCCGCAUGAUACGCAAGAAUGCGAUAUGAUAGUUAUGAGCUUGGCUCAUACAGAAGAUGAAAUGCAACUAGUUUGGGAUAAAGAAGAAAAUAUUACUCAAGGCGACAAUAUAGUACUUCCACAAUUUGAAAUAAUUAAAGUUACCAGUGGAGAUUGCAAAAAAGAUGCCCGUUUCUCUUGCCUGAAAGGCUCUGUAACAAUGACAAGACGUUCUGGAUAUUACAUCACUAAUGUUUACAUACCUACUUGUCUAGUAGUUUUUAUGUCAAUGUUGACUUUCUGGAUUCCACCAGAUGCCGUUCCAGCUAGGGUUACAUUAGGAGUGACUAGUUUACUUACUAUCGUAACGAAGCAAUACCAAGCCUCCUUACCUAAUGUUUCUUACAUCGUUGCGCUCAAUAUAUGGCUGUCGGCCUGCAUUGGUUUCGUUUUUGUCAGCCUUUUAGAGUAUGCUACAGUAAUAGCCUUGCAUACACGCCUCAAGAAAAAUGCUAAAACUAAUCCGUCUAUCAUAAGUGAUCAGAUUAAAGUUGUUCAAAAGGUUUAUCCAAGGGAUGUGCGUGUAAUGCGAAAUGGAAGGGCAAACAGAAAACCUAAAAGCUUUUCCUUCUGUUCAAAAUGCUUGGACAAAAUCACGCCCGAAAGCAUAGACUAUGUAUCAAGAAUAGUAUUCCCGUGUGUCUUCAUUUCCCAGUGUUCAAUAUAUUGGGCCAUUUACUACCAUUAAUUAUUCUCCAGUGCUCUGAAACACGCAUGCAAUUAUUUUUAAACACUGAAAUAAGUUUUCUUUGGUUUUGCGUUUAAAUGCAUGUUUAAACAAACUGAUUUUCAAUCAAAGAUGCAAAUGUACUGAAUUUACCAAGUAAUAGUCACAAAAUUUGCUAACAUUUAUAAAAAUAAAUGAAUUAAAACAGA